AUCCACAUGAAUGAACCUUCUUCUCCCCGGACUCUCACUCUUCCCUAUAAAUCCGAAGCUCAGUCCCUCAGUACCGGAGAUGACCGUCACUUCCCCGGCGACUUUCCCUCCCUCUCUUCCUCACCUCGUCGGAUCCUGCCGAAGUCGCCGUCCAAAUCAUGUCCUCUCUGCAGCUCUCCGGUUGCAGAGCUGUCGAUCGGCCCCUCGCCUCGCCAUUCUGGGGCGGAAGUCCGCGUUUCCUCGGCCGAACUUGUGCGCUUGGGCAUGGCGAGAAGGUCAGACUUGGUAGGCGGAUUGGUCGGGUUUAUACAAUGUCGAGUGGUUCCUCUUCGUCGUUCAAGAUGAAUCUGAACGAGUACAUGGUAACUCUGGAGAAGCCUCUCGGCAUCCGAUUCGCGGUCUCCUCCGACGGCAAAAUCUUCGUCCAUGCUCUCAAGCGAGGGGGCAAUGCAGAAAAGUCGAGGAUAAUCAUGGUGGGUGACACUUUGAAAAAGGCUAGUGAUUCAUCUGGAGGCAGGCUCUUUGAGAUGAAAGACAUUGGUGAUACUGAGAUGAUGCUAAAGGAGAAGAUGGGAUCUUUUAGUUUGGUUCUGGAGAGACCUUUUUUUGCAUUUCCGCUUCAUCGAUUGCAGCAAUUAUCUGAUCUGGACCUAUUGUAUAAUAAUGGUCAUGUUCCUAUCGCCACUUGGAACAAAAAUGUGCUGGUGUCUAACUUGCAAACCUCUGAAGGUGGUGGCAAUUCUGGGUUUGUGAUGUUCUCAUCAAGGUUUUUGUCACCACAAGGAUGGGAGUUACUUAGUAAUCAAAAUGGACAGAUUCAGCCACAAUUGAUGCAGAAGAACGUUCUACCUCCAACAUUUAAGCCGCUUGUUUGCAUUUUCUCCGAAGAGGAAGCUGGAGAUGGAGAAUGGGCUUAUGGGAACUUUCCAUUAGAAGAGUACAUUAGAGCACUAGAACGUUCUGAAGGCGAGCUGUACUAUGAUCACUCUCUUGGUAUGCAGUACAGUAAGAUUACAGAGCAAAUAUACGUCGGGUCAUGCAUACAAACAGAUAUGGAUGUUGAUACUCUAUCAAAUGUUGUGGGGAUCACAGCUAUACUGAAUUUCCAAAGUGCAACUGAAGCAGAAAAUUGGGGCAUCAAUUCAAUAUCAAUUAAUGAGUCUUGCCAAAGAUGUAAUGUUCUUAUGAUCAACUAUCCAAUAAGGGAGUCAGAUUCGUUUGAUAUGAGAAAGAAGCUGCCAUUUUCAGUUGGGCUCAUGCUACGCUUGUUAAAAAAGAACCAUCGCGUGUAUGUCACUUGCACUACGGGUUUGGAUCGGUCACCUGCAUGUGUAAUUGCUUAUCUGCAUUGGAUGACAGAUACUUCUCUCCAUGCAGCAUACAACUUUGUUACCAGUUUGCACUCUUGCAAGCCUGACAGGCCAGCAAUUGCAUGGGCAACAUGGGACCUUAUAGCCAUGGUAGAAAGAAGCAAGCACGAUGGACCUGCAACACAUGCUGUGACUUUUGUAUGGAACGGACAUGAGGGGGAGGAUGUAAACCUGGUUGGUGAUUUUACUGGGAACUGGAAGGAACCAAUUAAGGCUGCCCACAAGGGUGGAUCAAGAUAUGAAGUCGAAGUUAGACUGCCACAAGGAAAGUACUAUUACAAGUAUAUUGUCAAUGGACAGUGGCGGCAUUCUACGGCAUCACCUGCUGAGAGGGAUGAAAGUGGCAAUGUUAACAAUGUGAUCUUGGUAGGUGAUACUGCAAGUGUGAGACCUUUGGUUCAACAACAGAAGAAGGAUGCCAACAUUGUGAAGGUAAUUGAAAGACCGUUGACAGAGAGUGAGCGCUUCAUGCUGGCAAAGGCUGCUCGGUGCAUCGCAUUCUCCAUCUGUCCUCUCAGAUUGGCUCCUAAGUAAACAGUAAGCAUUCUCCUACAAUUCAUGGAGACGGCUUCUGGAUUCCCAGCUUCUGAACUGUUGCAUUCAUUUCUUCACUGUAUCUUGUGCCAUAAGAUGAGGUUCAAUUGUAGCGUUUUCUCCCUUUAAAAGCAACACUAUAUACCGUAAAGCAUCCAGUCCAAACAUUAGCAGCAAUUUUCAAGUGAUUCAGAUAUAAGAUACCCUAAAAUUAUCGACCUUCUGCGAGGGUGCUUUCAUGGUGCUAGCACUUGUAGAUCGUUAAGAUGAUAGGAGUGGGACUUUUGUGUUCAUGGGUGUCAAAUAUGUAAUAAGGCAGACGUUAUCAUAUAAAUUGGCCAGUACUGAUAUUCUCCUCCGUUGUCAGUGGUCCUUCAGACUUGUUGGUAAGGAGGACCUUAAAGCUCUUUCUCAAGAGCCAUAUAUCAAUGAAUUUUGAGGAUAGGGUCUUAUCCACAUUGCCCA